ACCAGUUGUGGAUAUAUCAACAUGAAUAUCGCGAAACGCCAAAUUCAGUUGGCUGCUGAAGCGCAAUUCGGCGGAUUUUUCGAUGUAAUUUGUUCGAGAGGUGAUUUCUCAUAUUUGAGUAACACUGAACUUUUUUGUCAAGAAACCAGUAAGGAUAUCAGUUGCUAUGCUUAUCGUCAACUUGCGAGUUCGCUUUAA